UGGAUGCCAGCCGUUGCGGGGGCGGGCAAAUGCGGGCUCUGCAGGGUGGGCCGACAGGACGAGGCCCCGGGAGGAGCUCCCGCUGCUGCGCUUGAGUCUGGGGGCACAGUCCCCUCCUCUAGGGACUCCAGGCUUCAGCUGAGCGGAUGAGGCCACCGUGUUAGGGAGGGUACUCUGCUUCCCGCAGGUCUGCUGGUGCAAAUGUCGAUCUCAUAAAAACACUUUCUGGGCCCCUGGGUGGCUUGGUCGGCCUAGCCUCCAGCUCUUGGUUUCCACUCAGGUGGUGAUCUCAGGGUCCUGGGAUUGAGUCCCACCUUGGGCUCCAUGCUAAGCAGGAGUCCCCCUUCCUCUUCCUCUGCCCCUCUGUUCCUCCUCCCGCCCCAUGCUCUUGCCCCUCCCCCAAUAAAUUAAUAAAUAAUACUUUCCCAGCAACCUGUGACUGCUUGACCAACUAUGUGGGCGCCAUGGCUUUGCCAGGUGAUGCAUAAAACGAGCCAUCACAGCACCCAGCCCCAGAAACGCUCCCAUAGACAGGCUCUGACCUUUUAUCUCCAUAAGAGAACAUCCAGGCUCCUCCAUGGCUGUCAGAGCCAGAGCUCAGUUGUAACUUGAGACCUGGCUUGCCUUCCAUGUUGGCCAUCCUCCUUCCCGGGUUGGGCCUGUGGGUCCUGGGACCUGGGAGCCACUCUCCCCACUUAUGGCUGCAUCUCCUCCCUGUGUGACCUGGGCCAGCUCUCUGACCCUGCAGGCUUCCCUACCUGAGAAACAGGAGUGCUGAGUCCUGGCCUCGUGGACCUGUGAGGACCCACACCUGUGGCAUGCCUGGGAGGGCCCCUUGUCUGCUUCCUCAGUAAACGUCUGGGAGCUUUGCCCCUGAGGACCUGCUUCCUUACCAGUGGGGCCUGGGUUUCCUCACCUCCUGGCCUAGAGGUGGGUGGGUGCCCACAGCAGGAUCCUGUCCUUCCCAAAUCCCCCCAUGUGGACAUCCCUCCCACUCCCCAUCCUCCCUGCCCUCCCUACAACGUUUGCUCAGGGUCACUCCUGCAGCCCUGCUCUGCCCUUCACAGCCCCUGGGGCCACUGCUUCAGUGCCUCUCCCACUGGCCCACCUAGGUCCCAGCUAGGGCUCCUCAGUGCUGACAGCUGAGCCCCCGCAUCCCACUCCAUCCUUGCAGCUCACACCUUCUACCCAACACCCCUUCACCACCCACACCUCCAGCCCCGUUGCCUUCAUCUGGGCUGGAGGAGCCCGGCCCAAGUGCCCAGUCUCUUUCCGUCCUGAACACAAGCCUCAGGCAGGUCCACUCACUCACGCCUCCUGUAGUGGACUUCCUUCCUCCUCUGUCCUCACCCCCCACCUCUGCCCUGUCCUGCGUCCCAGUCCAGCACCUGGCUACCUGCUUCUAGAGAAAAUGGAAGCAGCUGGAAGGGACCCCCCAGUGCCUGCACCCACAGAUCUGCCUGCUCCCUGAGACCGUCCCUGUUCCCACAGGCAGGGCUCCUCCUGUCCCCUCUCCCGCCCCAUCAUCACUGUCCUUCACUAGGGUCAGCCCAUCAAUAUACUGUGAUUCUUUUCAUCUUAACCCUCCUCCCCAAGCUCACCCCCCCAUUUGUUUACUCCCCUUUGCAGCAGAACUCCCUCAGAGUUCCCAGCGUGUCCAGUACUUAGAAAUUGAGAUGUAAUUCAUGUAUCAGCAAAUUCACUUUUAAAGUGUACAGAUCACUGUUUUUGUCCUAUUCACAGUACUGUACAAGCAUGCCUGAUAAUUCUGGAGCACUUCGUCACGAUGGCUGGCGUGCCCCACCGCCCGUGCUGCAGCCCCUGGCAACCACUGAUCCCGCCUGUAUGGAUUGGCCUCUGCCGGGCAUCGCAUAGCAAUGGAACCACACAGCAUGUGGACCUUGUGUCCGGCUCCUCCCCCUCAGCCUCGUUUUUUUGAGGCUCAUUCGUGUCGUAGCCUGUAUCAGGGCUUGGUUCCUUUUUAAGACUGAAUAACGUUCCAUUGUACGGAUGGACCUGUUUUGUGUAUCCGUUCAUCCACUGAUGGGCAUUAGCCACUUUUUGGCUACCGUGAAACGUGCUUCUGUGAACGUUUGUGUACGUUCUGUGUGGACGUGUUUUCAGUUCUGUUGGGUACACCCCCAGGCGCGGAGUCGCUGGCUCAUGUGGUCGCUCCGUUGAACUUUGUUCCGUCCUGAACCCGGUUCAGGUUUCCAUCAUGCUGCUUGCUCCUGAGCCAACUCCAGGCGGCAUUCCCGCCAUCGUUUCACCCAAAGGCUUGUCAGGGUCACCGGCAUCCUUCUCCUCCCGGGCAUGGCUCGUCCUCCCCCCUCAGCGCCGACCUCCAGGCAGGCAUCGAGGCACCUGGAGUGGCCGCAGCCCGCGGUCUGAAACUGGCCUUCGCAGACGGGCGGCCUGCUGUCCUGAGGGAGGCCUCCCGGGCUCCUGCUGUGGUCACGCUCCUCCACGUCAGCGUUCCGGGGAGGCCGCUCAGACUGUGGGUCACACAGGUCCUACAUCAGUGGAAAAAUCCAGAAAAGGGAACCGUUUCCUAAGGUCGGCACUCCUCACGCUGCCUGUCGCCUUCCCUGGCCCCACCUUGGGAUGGACCCGGCAGAUGCCACCGGAGACCCCGCUGCGGGUGACACAGCCGGUGACCCCACCGGCAGCCCUGCCGGGCGCGAGGGCCGUUCUGCGGCUCCGGGAGGAGGCCUGGCGGGGCUUUGCUGCCCUGGACGACCCACUGACGGCACUCCUGGACAUGCUGGAGAGCAGCCGGGGCUGGCGGCGGAAGGGCCCCUCCCUGGAGGCCUGGGUCACCUGUGAGCUGCAGCGCUGGCUGCAGGCACGGCCACUCCCAGGGCCGGCCCAGUGCAGCUCGAGGCUGAAGCAGCUUCAGGCCCGUGCGGUCAGGGUCCUCGCUGAGAGCCCGCCUAGCCUCGUGGAGCCGCUGGUCAGCAUCUUCCAGCUGCAGGACGCAGACCGGAGCCCCCUCCUGACUCACAUCCACCGGCUCCACCAGGAAGGCAAGUUCAAAGAAGCCGUUAUGCUGGGCUUGGAGCUGAAGCUGCAGCCAGAACUUGAUGUCGAAAAGAUGAGCACCCCACUACUCCUCCAGGACAAGGUGACCCUCGUGGAGCGCUACGUAGCCGGCUUCCCGGACCUCCAGAGAAGGCUGCUGGCCCUCCUGGACUCCUGGUGCCGGCCCGGCUUUGACAUCAGAGCCGUGGCCAGACAGCACCCACAGGUGACCUGCUUGAGGCUGGAGAGGCUGAGUCCCAGAGUGCUAAGUCGGCAGGCCCUGAGCCUGCUGGAGCGGCAGGGCCUGGACCCAGCGCUGUGUCCCAACGCUGUCACUCAGCAGCGCCUGGCCGCCCUGCACUACCUGUGCUACAAGCGGUUUGUAGAGAGAAGCGUGUCUCAGGAGAACUGGACUGACCACGUGCAGGGCCUGGUGGGAGAGGACGAGUGGUUACGGGAGGAGCUGCUGCGGCUGCUGGCCUCUUCUGACAACGAGGCCAUGGCUGCCCGAUGCGCCCUGGACCUCUCGCUGCCCGAGGAGCGGCUGCCAGCCGCGGUGGCCGCAGAGCUCCGCCAGCUCAAACUCCAGGAGCGGACGCCUGAGAUGCCUUUCGAAGACCGGAGGGUUGAUUACUACCAGCUGCCCAUCGCCAGGGAGGAUAUCCACUUCCUGGCCUCCUGGGAGGACCUGGCCAGGCACGAGGACGAGCUUCUGCAGCCCGGCCAGGUGGUCGGUGUGGACCUGGAGUGGCGACCCUCGUUUGGCACAGGGGGCCGGCCCCAGGCAUCCAUCAUGCAAGUGGCGGUGGAGGGCCGUGUGUUCCUGCUGGACGUGCGUGUGCUCUCACGGCCAGCAGGAGGGCAGGUGUCCCAGGCCUUCUCCCGGCUGGUGUCCCAGCUGCUCUCGGACCCCUCCAUCACUAAGUUGGGUUAUGGGAUGGCAGGGGACCUUCGGAGCCUGGGUGCUUCCUGCCCUGCCCUGGCUCACGUGGAGAAGCAGCUGCGGGGCAGUCUAGACCUGCUGCAGGUGCACAGGCAGAUGCGGGCAGUGGACAAGCCAGCUCUAGGCAGGGGUGAGGCCAGGGGGCUGCGGGGCCUCAGCCUCCUGGUGCAGCAGGUGCUGGGCAAGCCCCUGGACAAGUCACAGCAGCUCUCUAACUGGGACCGGCGGCCGCUGAGCGAGGGGCAGCUGGUUUACGCAGCUGCCGACGCCUACUGCCUGCUGGGGGUGUACCAGGCUCUGUGCAGGGAACCUGCCAGCUUCUCCCUGCCUGAGGACCUGGCCAGGAGCCUGAGGCCAGAGUGCAGCGAGAGAUCAGGGGGUCAGGAGCUGCCCAGCCUGCAGGAGGCCUCAGCCUUGGCUUGGCAGGUGCCUGUGGCGGAGAACGAGGACGCCGCCCCCGAGGUCCCGGCCAGGGCCUUCCGCGUGGUGUGUGACAACAUGUUGCAAGGGCUGGCACGGAGCCUCCGCUGUUUGGGCGCGGACGUGCUCGUGCUGGGUGCCGGCGAGGACCACCGCAGGGCCGCUGAGGCACGCGGACGCAGGACCACACACAACUCACCCGCCCAAGUGUACCGUUCUCUGCUUUUCCUACACUCCCAGUGUCGUGCGACCAUAACCACAGCCGUCCAGGACGUCGCCGUUGCCACCCCGCGCCCCGGCCCCUGGCGGUCGGGGCUCCGUCCUGAACGGCUGGCCGCGUGCACUGGGCGCCUGCUUUCCGGGUUCAUCGUCGUUCUGGUGUGUUAGUGCUUCACUCCCUUUGGUGACCCAGUAACGUUCCAGUUACGGAUGGACCGCAGCAGCGCCCCAGCUCCCCCCACCGCGAUGAAGCGUCACCUGGGCUGUUUCCAGGGACGCUGCUGCAAAUGAGACCUGUCAUUUUUAUUGUUAAUAUGUGGUUUCUUUUAUGCAUUUGCAAACAUUCUUCUGAGAAAGGGUCCCCUGGCUCACCAGCUGGCUGGCCGUGGCCCCAAGACUGCGGAGCAGUGGGCUUUGUCUGUCGGCCAGGGGCCUGCGGCAAGAAGCCGCCCAGCUCCCUGCACCGUGUGCACGGGGCCCAGGCUCCCCGAUCCCGCCAGCACAUGUGGGUGGGUAUUCCUUGUGCCACCCCCCACUAAUGAGGAAGCUGAAGCCAGAAGAAUAGAGGGGACCUGCCCUGUGCUGCCUGCCCCCCACCCCCCGUGCUGAGGCUGCAGGAGGGAGGCGCAGAGCUGGGAGAGAACAGGCCUUGCCCGGUUGGAGCUCCACUUCCUAUGGCGGCCCCUGGCAUUCAUGACAGGAUGUUGACUCUCUCCCCCAUCUCUGGCCCCUCGUGAGCCGCCUCUCCCAGAGGCCUGGUCCUGGCGUCCAGGAGAGCAGGUGGUUGUGCCAAGGUUGGCCCUGGCCACUGUCCCUGUACAAAACACCUGUUUCCCAACCGAGGCUGUUUUUAGCCUGGGGGGGUGGGGCUGAGACUAAGGUGGCCAGCCUGGCUUCUGGGGGACUCCAGACCAGGCCUCUUCGGUCAAGGAAUUCAGGAGCCAGGGAGGAGCUGCCUUCGCACUGGCCCCCAAGAGUGCACAGGGUCUCCAGCAAAUGAGGGGCAGGCUUUGGCUCCCCUGCUCCUUACCCCUCCAUAUUGCACCUGUGACUUUUUACAUUGCAUGACAAAUGGGAUUUAAAGAUAUAAUUUACUCAUCUAUUGGCCUUAAAAUAGAGAGAUUAUUUCAAAUGACCCAGGUGGGCCCAGUGUCAUCCCAUGAGCCUUUCGAGCAGAAACAGAAGGCAGGAGUCAGCUUCAAAGCACAGGAGGGAGUCGGUGUGCGGGUGCUGCCUGAGCCCACACAUCAAGCAGGGGCCUGGAUCCUGCCAGCACCUCGUGAGCCUGGAAGUGGGUUCUUCCCACAGCACGGCCGCCAGCGCCCACAUUUUGGCGUGAGCCCUGAGCAGGGAGCCUGUGGAGCCAGUGGGACCAGCCUCCCGCAGAGCAGUAUCUGGGCUUGUAGCAGAUGGCUGCAGACACGGAAGCUCUGAAAGCAAGAGUGGCUGGAGGCUCGGGGGGUUGGGGGCAUCUGAGAGAAGCCUGGCCGGCCUUGGAGGACUGUGAGUGGGAGGCAUUGAAGGUAUGAGACAGAGGCAGGGUCUGGAAAGUGCAGCCAAACCACACAGGACAAAAACACACGGACCUCACAGUGCCCGGGGGCCCGGGAGGCGGCGUUGGUGGGUGGCCAUUCUUGGUGCCGCACGUCAGGGGAGGCGUGAGCCAGACCCGGACCCUCCCUGUGGUUUCUUGGACCCACGUCAUGGACUGAUGUCAGCCAUAGUUUCCAGAAUCCCUUCAACUUGGUUCUAGUAGGCCUUUUGAUCCAAGCUUUUAAGGAAUUCUGCGUGUUUAGUACAUGUCUCCAGAGUGAGAGGCUUCACGCCGCUCCCCUCGUUUGCUGGUGUAGACACUCUGGACGGGGGAGCAGGUGUGUGUCCUCCUGGGGCAGGGCCCUCGGGCACCCUCCAGCAGUAGGAGCUCCGUCAGCCCUUUGGCUGUUUGGCGUCCUCCUCUGUGGACCUUUCCAGGUCAUUUGUCCCCAUCAAAACUCCUGAGUCGACAAACUCUGUGUUUUGUACAAAAACAGGUUGUCCAGGGUGGCUCAGUCGGUUAUGCGUCUGACCUGACUUUGGCUCAGGUCAGGAUCUCAGGGUUGGGAGGUCCAGACCCACGUCUGGCUUGGCACCGAGUGGAACCUGCUUAGGACUCUCUUUCCCUCUGCCCUGCCCCCUCCCUAUGCACACAGCUCUGUCUCCAAGACAAACAAACAAACAAGCAGGUGGUACAAAAGAAGGUUCCACCUUCUAUACCUUUCAUCUCGUGCAUGUUAAUACACAUGUUCUUGAAAAGAAAGGACGCUCGGCUGCUGAGGGCCCAGGGACACUGGGCGUGUGCUCCCUGCAGGGAAGCGAGUGCUCAGAGAGCACAGUGGGGCAGCGUGGGUCGCUUGCCGGGCAGACUACCCAGAACUGAGGAGGCCUCCAUGCCUGGUGCUAGAGACGCGUCUGGGGUCAAGCGGGAGCGGACAGGGGUCAGCUGUGGGGGGGGGGUCUCGUCAGGCAAUGGGGGGAUUCUCAGUGUGGUGGGAUGGUGAAAGAUGCUAAAACCAAGAGCUUGAUUUCAACAGCAUGGCUGGAGGAGGCUGGAUGUGGCUACACAGAGGCCAGAGUAUGAGUUUACAAAAGGCUGGGGGGGCCUUGCGGGUCUCCACCAAGCCCAGGCCCUCAGUCCCUCAGCAGAAGCCAGAACUGGCAGAGAAAGUCCAGCCCGUAGCGUUCUCACGGCUCAUGAUCUGCCCGAUGGGCUGCCCAGCGGACUUCUGGUGCGCCUGGCCAGCUCCUCGCUUACACCUCGGACGGGUGCUGCUUCCCUGGGCGACCUCGCUGCGGUGGGGCCAGAAGAGGUUCCCGAGGACGACCUUCGGGCUGAGUUCUCUGGCUGGGGUCUGGGAUCUCUGGCUUGGUCCUCUAGUCUGAUGAAAUUGAAAAGCACCGUCUCCCACGGGGGAGAGGUCACCAUUAGUCUGUGGCCUGCCGUCAGAUGCCCACGGUCCAGUACCUGUGGAAGGGGAGAUUCCAGGUGAACGUGCGUCUGCUUCCUCAGGACAUUUUCGUCCAAGUAACAAGGAUGUGGGAUCAGCUGGCUGCUCUGUGCCGGGCAAAGUGGCAAAGGAGGGAACGGGUGUGGGCGCCGCAUUUCCCGCUCACAGUCGCGUAUGGGACUGGAGAGCGUCUGUAUCUGCCCCAAGAGCAGCCUCCGCGCGUGGCCCGGGCUCUCCUGCUGCGGACGGCGGAAUGACAAAUCACGUUCACCACUGGUGCCGACCUGCCCACCUCGCUAGGCCUGUCGGCGUGAGAUCAUAUUUCAUGUAUUUUAAUUCGCUUUUCUCUGGUUAUCGACAAAGUUGAGCAUCUUUCCUACGUUCAUUGGCUGCUGGUGCCUUUGGUCCUGUACGGUGCUUUGUGAGGAAGUUACAGAGCAAGCCCGACGCGGUCCUUGGCCAGGCCUGCCCGCGAGGCCGGCCCCUGGCUGGUGGCAGCGGCUCACACACCUAAGUCAUGCGCACAGGGUUUCUGUCUGGGAGUCGGCAGUCCCGGUGCGUGCCAGGCAGGGGUGCCUGUGUGCCCAGGCCAGGUGCAGACCUCCGGAGAGAUGGUGCUCCCCGCCACCUGUCCUUGCAGGGGGCGGAGCAGGACGGCAGCACAGCUCCCCUGGGGGCUCCUCAUGCCCCUGUGUCUCGCCCACGUGCCUUUUCCACAUGCUGAUUUUGCUCCGUAUCCUUUCCCCGUGAAGAAUCUUUGCUGUGAGCAUGUCUCUGUGCUGGGUCCUUCUGGCCAGUCAGUGGACCUGGGGGUGGUUUGGGGACCCUCGACACAUGUCUCCCCGAGUCUUUCCUGGUCUCCCCUCCGGCUUUACUCUUCCUCUUGGCAUCCAGCGGGGCGAGCCUUCGGCCUGUCCUGUAGAUGCAGCGUCAGUGAGGCUUUGCUCAGAACGGCGUUGACCGUGAAUCGGGCGGGAGGAGGCGGCGUGUUGAUAAUAUCCAGUCUUCUGCCCGUGAGUGUUUGCCUGCCUCUUCUCCCAUGUGCUUCAGACACGGGCAGCCACCUUCUCCACAAGCCCCUGUGCCUUGUUGGCCAGAGCUCACCCAGGGACUUGCCCUAACAGUUGAUGUCACACCCAGAAACCUGAGGAAAGUGUCCUCCGUUCUUCCGAACAGGCUGUCAGCUCCUCGGGGCUCUCCUCGUGGACUUACCACCCACGAACAGCGACGCUCUUCUUCCUUCCUUCCCAAACCUUCCAGUUUCUGGUUUUUCCCUUUUCCUGUCACUCAGACCUCCAAGAUGGUGUCACCCAGGAGCGGUGGGGGUGCCGUCCUCACCGUGUGUCCUUGGGCCGAAGCAGGGCAGCCGCUGCAGAGCCGGGCCAGCCAAGGAAGCCGGUCCUGCCAUCGAUCUUCGAGGCUACUGAGAUAACCACAGAGGCUUGUUCCCUUUACUGUCUCAAGGGGAUGGGGGACAUUUUUCAUUUGGGACCAACCUUGCACUCCUGGGUUGAACCCAUCUUGGUCAAGCAUGUGACCCUUUUCUGACAUUGCUUUGGUUUGAAGUUCUUGUUUGGGACGUUUGGAUGGCCCUUGAGGAGCAUGUCUGACGUCGAACUGCUCUUUCUCAUCACCCUGGCGUCCUCGUGAAGAAGUUGAGGAGCUUUUCGUCUUUCUGCAACGUUGAGUGAUGUUUGAACCAUCUUCUCCUCAAAUGAGAGCUGACUUUCUGCAAGUCUUCCUGGCCUGAUGUUUUAGGGGAGGGAGUGUCUACUGAUGAUUCUUUUUCAUUUAAUAAUUGUAGGAGUAUUUAGUUGUCUGCAUCUUCGUGAGUCACUUUCGGUAACUUCUGUCUUUCUCUGGAAAGUGUCCAUCCCGCCCAACAUUCCCGAUGCAUACAGUUGUUGGUACUCCUUGUGCAAGUCCCACCAUGUCUGUAGCUUUGCUCACACUUCCAGCCUCACUGGUGCACACUUGUGCUGCUGCUUUUUUCUUGUCUUGCAGAGAUUUGUCCAUUUAACAACUCUUCUGAAAUUACUAGUAUUGGUUUGUUGGUCCCAUUGCACUUUUGUUUUCUAUCUCAUUAAUUUCUAUUCUUAUCUUUAUCGUUUCCUUCCUUUUGCUUUCUUGGGGUUAUUUCCAAGUGGAGUGCUUAGCUCCUUAAUUUUUAGCCUUUUAAAUUUUAUAAUGUAAACAUUCAAGAUCAUAAAUUUUUUUUGAAGUACUGUUUUCACUGCAUUCCAUCAGUUUUAAUGUGUGAUACUUUCAUUAUUUUAUAGUUCUCACAAUUUUUGAGUGCCCAUUAUAAUUAGUUAUUUGACUUAAGAGUUCCUUAGAAGGCUGUUUUUCAAUUUCAGAAGGCUUGGAGUUUUGGAGCUUUUUAGUUACCUUUCUACAAAUGGGUUUCUACCCUAACUGUAUAGUAGUCUAGGAGCGUAGUCUAUACACUACCGGUUUAGAUAUUUGUGAAGACUUGCUUCGUAGCCAAGUAGAUGACCCUUUUUAUAAAUGUUCCACAUGGGUUUUAAAAGGAUACAUAUUCUCCAGUUAUGCUCAUUUCCAUCUCUCUCUCUCACACACACACACACUCAGUAGAUCAAGCUUAAUUAAUGUGUUGCUCAAAUCAUCUGUAUCUUGUUUGAUUAUUUUCCUGCUUAAUUCUCUGUGCUGAAGUUUCCUGAAGAUGGUGGGUUCAUCUUGUAGUUGUGUCAGAAUUUGCUUUAUAUGUUUUUAAAUUGUGUUAUUAGGUGCAUAUGCAUAUAUUUUUUUAGAAUUCUUAUAUCUUCCUGUUGAGUGAAGUAUUUUACAAUUAUGAGGUAAACCUCUUUGACUCUAAUGAUGCUCUUUGCCAUGAAGUCUAUUUUAACAAAUAUUCAUAUCAUUUCUCCAACAUUCUUUGGUUAGUGUUUGUAUAUCAUCCCUUGCCUUUUUAUCUUCAACCUUCCUUUACUCUUAUAUAUUACAUGUAUUUCUUAUAAACUGCUUCUAGCUGAAAUGUCUAGUCUGACAAUCUUUGCUUUUCAAAUUAUUAGUUUAGUCUGUUUACACUUAAUGUAACUGCUGAUGUACUUUGGGUUCAGUUGUACUACCCUGACUUGUGUUUUCUCUUGGUCCUACUUUUUCUGUUAUUUUUUCCCUUUGUUUCUUAACAUUCUUUUAGCUUUUUUAUCAUUUUCUGUUUUUCUCUCUAUUAACUUGGAAGUUAUAAGUUCUAUUUCCAUUCUUUUAGAAAUUAUCUAUGAAUUUUUAACAUUUAUAUUUGGGUUAACAUUGUCUGAAGUUAAAGUUAAUACAGGGAUCUUAGAACAAGUCAGCUUUCUUAUUCCUUUUCCAGCUUACCUACUAGUAUUUUCCAGUAUUUUAACAUAAUGUAGUUUUUCUUAAUUCUACAAAUUAGACAGUAUCAUAUUUGUUUUAUGUACUUGAUGGUUUUUAGAGUUUAUGAUGUGUGGAUGCGCAUAUGCACAACAGACCUUGCUCCAAGAAAAAGCAAGCUCUUUCUUGCUAAAAGAAUGUCUUUUGCUACAUCCUUUCAUUGGGGCUAUUUUUCCCUGAAAAAACCUCUGUGUCUUUUCUCUUCUGAAAGAGAAUGUUUCUGGGUUUAUAAUUGUAGUUUGACAAAACUUUGAAAGUAAUGCAUUGUUUUUUGGUGUCCAUCAUUGCUGUUGAGACAUUUGCCAUCAUUCCUUGGUCAUUUCUGCGUAGCGAGUUGUAUUUUCUCUUGACUGUCCGUUCAUUUGGUUCUUUCCUCACAUUUGCUUCAGUUGUGUGUGUUUGUUUUUGGUUUUGUUUUUUUGGUUUUUUAUUUGUCACAUAGAUGUAUAUUUGUUAUCACUACAAAGUAACCACUUGCUUUAUUGCUUUUUUUCUUACAUUUUGUAGUAAAAUAUACAAAAUAUUGAUCAUUUUAGCCAUAUUUAAGUAUGCAGUUUAGUAACAUUAAGGGUACUCACAGUGUUGUGUACCCAUUAUGGGUUCCAAAAUUUUAUCGUCAUCCCAAACAAAGGCUUUGUCCACCCUAAACCAUCAUUCUCCAUCCCCCACCCCCACCCCUGGCACCCACCAUUCUACUUUCUGUCUCUAUGGAUUUGAUUUCUCUAGAUACCUCAUAUAUAUGGAAUCACAGACUCUUUGUCUUUUUGUGUCUAGAUUGUUGCACUCAGCGUGAUGUCUUCAGAGUUCAUCCACGUUGUGGCAUGUGUCCAAAUUUCCUUCCUUUUUAAAGCUGAAUAAAUUCUAGUGUGUGUGUGUAUGUGUGUGUGUGUUGGAGGGGGGUGUUUACCCAUUCAUCUGUCGAUGAACACCUGGAACACCUGGGUUCUUUCCACCUUUUGGCUAUUGCGAAUAAUGCUACUAUGCACCUUGGUAUACGGGUAUCUGUGUAAGUUUCUGCUUUCAGUUCUUCUGGACAUAGACCCAGAAGUAGAACUGCCGGAUCACAUGGUCACUCUGUGUUUAACUGUUUGAGAAACUGCCGUACUGUUUUCCACAGUGAAUAUACCAUUUUAUUACAACCAGCAAUGCGCGAGGGCUCCAAUUUCUCUACAUCCUUACCAACACUUAUUUUCCUUAAAAAAAAAAGCCAUCAUCGUGAAUUUGUAUCUCAUUGUGUUUUUGAUUUGUCUUUCUCUAAUAAUGAGUGAUGUUGAGCGCUUCUUCCUGUGCUUGUUGGCCAUGUGUACGUCUUCUUCGGAGAAACAUCUAUUUAAGUCCCUUGCCCACAUUUAAUUGGGCUAUUUGCUUUUUUGUUGUCGGGUUGUAAGAGUUCUUUAUAUAUUCUGGAUAUUAAUCCCUGAACAGACACACGAUUUGCAAAUACCCUCACUCACUCUGUGGGCUGUCUUCUCACUGUCUUGAUAGUGCUCUCUGAUGUACAAGACUUUAUAAUUUUCAUGAAGCCGAAUUUUUCUAUUUUUAAUUUUGUUGUCUGUGUUUGGGUGCCAUAUCCAAGAAAUCACUGCCGGGUCCGAUGCCAUGACAUUUCCCCCACCGUGUUUUCUUUUAAGAUUUUUAUCAUUUUAGCUCUUACGCUUUUGGGUGGCCUCUUGCGUUCUCCAGAGAUAAGUAAUGACUGUUUAGAAACGUGCCGAACACAUUGCGAGAGCCAUGCCUGGUGUUUCUGUGUGCUGCUGCUGUCGCCCCAUCGGGAGGCACCACGGUGUCUGGGAGCUUUCACGGCACCCUGAACCCUUGGCUAGGACACCUGUGGGCUUUGAGAGCGUCUUCGCUUUCCGACGCGACGAGACGCCCAGCUUCGUUGUGUGAAUUUUCUGCCUCAGACCUGGAAUCAGCUAUUUCUCAAAAAAGCCCUGAUCGCCUUUCCACCCAUGUGGAAACCAAGUCUGGGCACAGGCUGCUCCUGGCUGUAGGGCUGGUUCUGAGUUCUAGGCCUUGAUGGUAGCCGGAGUGGUGAAAUACUUCUCAAUAUGGGUGUAUAAGAAAUGCACAGUGAAGCUUUCUAUUCGGGCCUGAAGCCGCGCUGUAAUGUCCGUCUUCCUUCACACCCCCCUCUGUCUGCUGAAGCCGACCCAGCACCGGCAUGACGCAUCUGUUGUAGUCACAGUUGACACGUGAAUGUUCCCGAGGAGCGACGCCGGUGUUCUCACCAGCAGUAGGCUUGCUGCAGGGUCUUCCGUUGCUGGUCUGCAGUGGAGCGCCCCGGAGAUGUGCAGCCGACGGGCUGGGCUUUCGCGUCACUUAGAACACUUCUUUCUGUGCCGUUCAUCUGUUCCAUCUUCUUUGGAUUUUUAGAGAUUGCUUUUUAAAUUUUAGUUUUGUUUGCAAUUAUGUAAAAUGUCCAUCGGAUUCUAAGACCAAAUCUCUACCGCAAGGCAAUGCCCGGGACUCCGGCUGCAGGACUGUACUGGCUGCCCAGGCCCCAGACAGAGGCAGCCCUGGGGGACAGGGAGGCGCCCGGGGAAGAUGGGGGCAGAAGUGGCCCUGGCGCCGGCACCGGUGUGCCCCUCACCUGUCCAUCUGCGUC